GGAAUUUGAACCCGAAAUUUCAGUUUUUCGAGCUUAAGACGCAUAAACGACUCCCAGAAAAAAGUGUAACGGACCACUGCACCUGUUACAAAAUGAAAUUAGACGCCAAGGCAUUACGCUACAUGUCCCCGGAGGAAUUCCGAGUUUUGACCGCUGUCGAAAUGGGAUCCAAAAACCACGAAGUGGUACCCAUGGCACUCAUUGCCAACAUUGCACAGUUACGACACGGUGGCAGUCAUAAGCUUGUUGGUGAUCUUGCCAAGAAUAAGCUUAUAGCUCGAGUUCAAAAUGCCAAGUACGACGGAUAUCGAUUGACAUAUGGUGGUUAUGAUUACCUUGCGCUAAAGACGUUUGUAAAGCGUGGAUCUGUAUAUUCCGUUGGUAAUCAAAUCGGUGUUGGCAAAGAAUCAGAUAUUUAUUUGGUUGCUGAUGAUGACGAGAACCAGCUUGUAUUGAAGCUUCAGAGAUUAGGUCGAGUCUCGUUUCGUACGAUCAAAUCCAAACGUGAUUACUUGCAGAAACGCAAAUCGGCUUCUUGGAUGUACAUGUCACGACUUGCAGCAAUGAAGGAGUUUGCGUUUAUGAAGGUGCUUCACGAGAACGGAUUCCCUGUCCCAGAACCGGUCGAUCUUAGUCGUCACUGCGUAGUCAUGGAGCUUAUUGAUGCGUUUCCACUUCGACAAGUGGAUGAAGUUGCUGACCCGGGUAAACUGUACUCGGAAUUAAUGAACCUGAUUGUACGCCUUGCACAACACGGUUUAAUUCACGGUGAUUUCAACGAAUUCAAUAUUUUGAUCAAAUCCAAUGGCGAUCCUAUUUUGAUUGAUUUUCCCCAAAUGGUUUCUACGUCCCAUUUGAAUGCUGAAUACUAUUUUAAUCGAGAUGUGGAAUGUAUUCGCACAUUUUUCCGUCGCCGAUUUGGAUAUGAAAGUGUGCUUUAUCCCAAGUUCAAAUUAGACACAAACCGUGAAUUCGACUUAGAUGUGCAGGUGGCAGCCAGUGGAUUCAGUAAAAAGAUGCAGGAUGAACUAGAAGCUUAUCAAGAGGAGGUCAAAGAAAACGAAAGUGGAUCGGAUGAAGAUGGAUCUGAUGAAGAGUCAUUAUCCGAAGGAGAACAAGAACAAGAAGAGGAGGAAAAGAGUAUACCCAAGCCAGCACCACAGAGUGAGGAAGAAGAGGCUGCAGAGAGAUUAAGAAAUCUGCGCCUCGGUAACACGGAGCCUAUCGUUUCGGAUCAAGAGGAAUCAGAGGGAUCAGCAGCAGAAGAUCAAAAUACAGAGAGUGAAGAAGAAGAAGAUGUGGGAGAUGGAGAGCCACCACGAUUGAACAAUCGCGAUUUCAAGGCACAUCGUGAUACAAGCAUUAACAAAAAACCUCGGUCAGAGAAAAAGAAAACGCCCAUGAAUGAAGACAAGAUCAAAGACCGUGUGUCCCGGAGUUUGCGUGGUCAGGCCAACCGUCAAAACUAUCGCAGUGCCGUCAAGCGGAACCAGGAGAAGGGUAAAGAAAAGCGUAAAAACCGGGAUGUGGUCAAGAGUGCUAGCCGUGGCACUGGUGGCAUUUUUGAUUAAUUAUUUGUUGAACCACUGCAUCCAAUAAAUAAAAUAAGAAAUCAAACGUGACCAGAAGAUGGAAGGGUGUAUAAAUAAAUGCAUACGUGAGAUCGACAAUACAAGUAAUGAUAGCCACAAUAGUAAUAAAGAAC